GUUUUAAGAGGUUAAAAAUCGCUUUGUCAAUCAGACAAAGCAUCAUUAAAUUAACAAAGAGCUUCUAAAUUGUAAAUAUGAGAAAAGCAAUUUAGCAUAUAUUUAAAUCAACAACUUGUCGCAUUCAAGAUUGAAGCUUUGAUAUUGAAAGGUUGAAGUUUGUUUUCGCUAAAAGUGUGCUUAACUUUAAAAUUAGAAGUUAUGAAUAAUAAUGGAGACACAAAAAUUUAUAGAAUUAAUAGUACGAGAACAAAUUUCAUUUAUACAAGUGAUUCUCCCGAAGAGGAAAACAUUGUUUACAACAGGUCGGGAGGAUGUUUCAUAUCAAUAUGUCGUGGAAUUUCUAUAUUUAUGGGACUUUUGGUUUUUCUGUUUUUCCUGUCUUUCACAAUAUUUUUUAGCACAAAAUAUGCUUACGAGACUAAACCGAAUCUUACUUUAGGAGAUUUCUUAAAUCAUAGAAACUUUUUGAUAGAAAAAUAUGCGAAAAUUCCUAAAUACAUCAUUCCAAAGCAGUUUCAUUUAGUACUACAUCCAAGAUUUGAUGAAGAAAGAUCAAACACUACUAAAGAUCUAGCUCGAUUCACAUAUAUGGGUUUUAUAUACGUAACAGUCGUUUCUAAAAAGAGCAACAAUAAACGUAUUGAAAUAAAUGUAAAAAAUCUAAAAAUUUCUUCACAAGAUGUAAGCGUUUAUCGCAGUUUAACAUGGACUCAUCUUGAUUUUGACGAUGACCCAGAUUUUAAUUCGCAUGAAAUUUUAUAUAAAUAUAUUGUUGUUCAGCGUAAUAAACGUGAUUUAAAUAGUGUGAACAUAACAAAAACAGAUCCGAAUAAUGCUGGCGAAGACUUAGAUUCUGAAGAAUCAAUCAAUAAUAAUGAAACAACAAGCGAUACAUCAUCAUCAUCCCAUACUCGAAAUAAGACUUACUUUUAUCCUAAAUUUGAAAAAGAAAAUUUUGUCCCCAUAAAAAUUGUGGAUGUUGAAAUGGAUGAAGCAAAUGAUAAAUUUAUUAUUUAUUUGGCAACAGACAUGGCUAAAGAUGUGUAUUAUGUAGUGAAAGCAAAAUUUUAUGGAAACAUGACUCAUGAUAAAGGAUUUUACUAUACCUAUUAUGAUGAUAUCAAUGAUCCUGCUGAAGCUUUCGAUGGAAAUUAUACGACCAGUACAAAAUAUUUCGCAACAACAUUUUUAGAACCUAAUAAUGCGCGAAGAUUAUUUCCAUGUUUUGAUGAUCAUAUUUUCAGAACUCCUUUUGAUAUAACUGUAUCCAGACGGGAAGACAUGACGACAGAAUCUUCACCAGAUUUAGAAGAUAAAGAAGUCAUUAUAUACGAUAAACUUUUCAUUGACGAGUAUAAUGCUACAACAUCUAUGAAAGCUUCUGAAAUAGGAUUAACAGUGUGUAUUGAUUACAAUUUAAAAAUGCAAAAGUUAUUAAUUAACAUUAUUUUUUUUCUAAAACAGAUAAGCAAUAUGAAUCCAAUUUUGUAUCAUAUUCAUAAUAAUUUAUCAAUUAUUUUCUAUACGCGUAACCUUUAUUUUAAAAAUACAAAAUUCGCAUCAAUACAAAUACCAAAGAUAGUGACGAUAAUUGAAGAAUACAUAGAUUUAAAAUUUUCUCAUAGUAUAAUUAAAUAUAUUGCAGUUCCGAAUUCUGAUAUUCAUUUAAGUGAAGUAAAAAGCGGAAUGAUAAUAUCCAGCGAAAUGCAUAUAAUAACAAAUAUAUUAGGGGGGAAUUUUACCACUUAUAGUCAUAACUAUUGCCUAGAGCAGUUAUGUCUUCAUAUUUCCAAAUUAUAUUUACAAGAUUAUGUUAAUUAUAAAACUCGAGAGCAUUUGUGGCUUCAUGACGCUUUGAGUUUUUAUUUGCAAACUACAGUUUUGAAAAAUUUAAAUAAAACAACUCAAGCAGAACAUUUAGUUUUGGAAGACCGAUUGAAUGCAAUGAGAGAAGAACUUAACUACAAAUCUACAGCAUUGCAAUAUUUCAAUCAACAACACAUAGAUGAUAAAAAUUAUUAUGAUUUUAUUAAAAGAAAAGGUGCAAGUGUGUUGCGAAUGAUAGCAAGUACAAUUUCAGAAUCAGUAUUACAAAAUGCGAUACAAAAAUAUUUUGUCAAAAUGCGUGAUCAAGAAUAUGCAGACUUUAUAGAAUGCUUUAAUGUGACAAAAAUUGAUUGCAUGCAUAUCCCUCGAGGUUUAAAUAUUUCUGAAUUUAUUCAUCGAUGGAUUUCUUCGGAAAAAUAUCCAAUUGUAAACGUCCAAAGAAUUAAUGGGAGUAUAAUUUUACAUCAAAGCAGUCACACAGAAGAUGAUGAUGGCUCGCAAAAAUCAUUAUGGAAUAUCCCAAUAUCCUUUACUAAUAGUACAGUUAAAAAUUAUUCUUCCGGCUUCGAAUAUUGGUUAAUGGAAGAUAAUUUCACCGUAAUACAUAAUGCGUAUGAUAAAAAUGAUCCCAGUGCAUGGUGCUUAAUCAAUAAUGGGUUCGGCUACUAUAGAGUAAACUACGAUUACGACAACUGGAAAGCAAUUGUUCGUCAACUUAGAUAUGACCAUAAUGUCUUUCCAUACACAACAAGGGCAAUUUUAAUAGACGAUGUCCUGAAUUUGGCAAGAAUGAAUUUACUAAACUACACCAUUGCUUUUGAUUUACUUACGUAUUUAGUGGCCAAAGAUGAAUUGACUUUACAUCCAUGGCUAAGUGCAUUAGAUAAUUUAAACUAUCUUUAUGUCUCAAUGGAAGAACUCUCAAAUUUUAGUAUUGUUGAAAAUUUUAUGCGCGAAAUUGUCAAUGCUGUUUAUAAUAAAAUUAACGAUUUAAAAUAUUCGCGUGAUUUCACCGAAGACGAUGAAGAAAAAAGGCUGGAAUUCUUAAUUGAUGACAAUUCUUGUAUGCUUGGUUAUCCCCAUUGCAUUGACGACAUGAAGAAUAAGUUUGAAAAAAUGUUGCUAACUGACGAUGAAGUUAAUAAUCAACUUUUAAUCACUCCAAAUCAAUCUCAAGACGAACUGUUUCGACUUUUAUGCACAACCAUCAAAUAUUCAGGUUUUUUUGAAUGGAAUAUUGUAUACAAAAGUUUUAAUAAUACAAACGAUUUAAACUAUCGCAAAAUUUUGAUGAGGUCCUUAGGAUGUACGAGAGAAAUCAGCUUGAUCAAUUCUUAUAUAAACUUCUUAGUUCAAAAAGAAUUUAACAAGUUUUCUGCAGAUAUAUUGACAUCUAUAUCUCAAAACAAAAUAGCUAUGAAGUAUAUUUUGGACUAUUUAAGUAUAAACUGGAAAACAAUUAUAAAAUUGUAUGACAUAAGACAAUUGAGUGUAAUCUUCCAAAACAUAUCUAAUGAAAAUGAAUAUAAAGUUUUGCAGGAAAUUUUUUCCACUUAUCCUGAAACAUUUAGGCAUAAAGACAAAGAUAUUUUAAAAAGAUGUCGAGAUAAAAUUAUUAGAAAAUUAAACUGGAAGCGUAACAUUGGACAAUUUAUAUGAUUUUAAACCAGCAGUCACAAAUAAAUACAUCAUAAAAUAAAUAUUCACUAACAAAUUAACAUUCGAGUUCAUGUAUGGAAACUAAUUAAAAUAUUAUCAAAAUGGGGUAGUAUCAAUACUCUUUCUUUUAAAUACAAAGCUUUCUUAAAUCAAAGUAGUCCAUAAAAAAGUAUGAUGCUGGUUUAUAAGUCCAGAGAUUAUAAGUCCAGAAAAUCAAAGUCACUAAAGAUUUAUAAGUCCAGGUACAAAUACAGCUGGAAUUAUAAACUGCACGAAAGAUUUUUAAGUCCAGGUACAUUUUUUAUCAGGACUUAUAAACCUUACAUGUGGUUUAUAAUUACAAAAAAUUUAUAAAUUUUACUUAUAAUUUCGCAGUACCCCGAACAUACAAAGAGCAUGCUUAGAAAAGUGAGUCUACUAAAAAAUUAUACUCGUGCAAGCUCAUUCAACUGAGCAUGCUCAGGAGUUCAUUACGAAUGUACUCACUUGAUUUUUUUGGAAAAAAAAUUAUAAGCUCACGUGAGAACAUUCAACAAUGUACUCAUGAGAAUAUUAAGAACAUACUUAUGUGAAUACACUCGUAUGAGUGCACUUACUGAACAUACUCAUGAGAAUAUUAAGAAUAUACUCACUUC